GAAAACGCCUCUCUUUCUGUCUCUGUCUGGCUUCCUUUCCUGCGCCUGUCUCGUAGCUUUUUUUUCGAUUCUUGUUUCGUCCACCGACUGUUGCCUUCUCUUCUCGGUCUUAAUAUUUUUUUUUCUGAUAACCAAAACCUCAAAAACAGUAAACAACAACACAGACAGAGAUACCUUUCCCAUUUGCUUCUAUAAACCUAUCCUCUCUCUCUACCUGUCUUCCACGGGGGAGGGGAUAGGAUACCAAUAUUCUGCCGCCAUUUCUCCUCUCUUCCUUUUCCUUUCCCUUGUUCUAGAACCUUUAUUUGCACUCUCCGUCUCUCUUUCAUUAGAGCAAGAUGGCAGAGUUGCCGGAUAAUAAUCAUCAUCGAUACAGUUCUUCAGACAUUUCGGUUGAUUUCGGAAAUUUUGAAACCGCUGGUGAAAAUGGCAUUACCUCCUGUUCUCCUGGGGUUAUUGACAGUAAUUUCUCGCAACAUAGCAUGCCUGAUGAAGCACAAACUACUGGAAAAUCAGAUCCAGGGUCCAGCCAGCGAAGAAAAUUCGGUCAACAUCAACAUCGUGACAGUUAUAAACUGGCAAUACUUGCAACGAAACUAUUCGAUGAUAGAGUUCCUUUUAGAAAGAAGCUCAAAUUGCUUCAUCGAUUUGCAAAUGUCAAAGAUGAUGGAACUGUACAAUUAGAAGUGCCCGGAGAUAUCAAGACACAUACUCUGGAUAUAGUACCUGCAAUUCAUAAUGGGUAUACUAAUGAGGAAUUCUGUGAUACAGAUGAGCUUCCAGAUAUACCACCCUUGCAAAUAGUUAUGCUUAUUGUUGGAACACGAGGAGAUGUACAACCAUUUAUUGCCAUUGGAAAACGUUUGCAGGAAUAUGGUCACAGGGUUAGAUUAGCAACUCACUCAAAUUUCAAAGAUUUUGUAUUGACUGCUGGAUUGGAAUUUUUUCCUCUAGGUGGAGAUCCAAAAGUUCUUGCUGGCUAUAUGGUCAAGAAUAAAGGUUUCUUGCCAUCUGUUCCUUCAGAAAUACCUACUCAGAGGCAUCAAAUAAGAGACAUCAUAUUCUCUUUACUUCCUGCAUGCCAGGAUCCUGAUCCUGAUACAAAUGUUCCAUUUAAAGCAGAAGCAAUUAUUGCCAACCCUCCCGCAUAUGGACAUACACAUGUCGCAGAGAAGCUAAAAGUACCAAUUCAUAUAUUCUUCACGAUGCCAUGGACGCCUACUAGUGAAUUUCCGCAUCCUCUGUCUCGUGUUAAGCAGCCAGUAGCUUAUAAACUGUCAUAUCAAAUUGUUGAUGCAAUGAUUUGGCUUGGAAUACGAGACAUGAUUAAUGAGUUUAGGAAGAAACAACUGAAGUUGAGACCUGUCACAUAUUUAAGUGGAAAUUAUAGCUCUCCUUCUGAUGUGCCUUAUGGAUAUAUAUGGAGUCCUCACCUUGUUCCCAAACCAAAAGACUGGGGACCAAAAAUUGAUGUUGUUGGGUUUUGCUUCCUUGACCUUGCAUCAAAUUAUGAACCUCCAGAUUCACUUCUGACAUGGCUAGAAGGUCGUGAUCCACCUAUCUAUAUUGGUUUUGGUAGCCUUCCUCUUGAAGAACCAGAGAAGAUGACCCAGAUUAUAGUUAAAGCUUUGGAAGAGACUGGUCAAAGGGGCAUAGUUAACAAGGGCUGGGGUGGUCUUGGCAAUUUGGCAGAACCGAAGGAGUUUGUGUAUUUAUUGGACAACUGCCCUCAUGACUGGCUGUUCUCAAGAUGCAAGGCUGUGGUGCAUCACGGGGGUGCUGGAACCACAGCUGCUGGCCUUAGAGCUGCGUGUCCUACAACCAUCGUACCAUUCUUCGGGGAUCAGCCUUUCUGGGGAGAGAGGGUUCAUGCACGAGGAGUGGGUCCAGCACCUAUCCCAGUUGAUGAGUUUUCACUUGAAAAAUUGGUUGAUGCAAUACGCUUCAUGCUAGAUCCUGAGGUGAAGCAGCGCGCUAUUGAAUUGGCCAAGGCCAUGGAGAAUGAGGAUGGAGUAAAAGGUGCAGUAAAGGCUUUCUAUAAACAUUAUCCUCGCAAAAUGUUGGGAUCGGAAGUACCUGAGCCCAAGCAUGCACGUAAGAAAUUUUCUUCCAUGAGAAGAUGUUUUGGUUGCAGCAAUUGACACAAACUACAGGAAUUUUCAUACUUAGGAAUUCUAGUUGGUUUUCUGGCUUUGGCUUUUACACGUGAUAUAUUAACUACACAAGCGGCAAUGGAGGUUUAUUUUGACAAUGGCGAUAAGAGGUUACUAUGGAAAAUGUUGUAACGAUCUUUUAUAUUGUUGUUCUGAACAAUGAUGAAAUAGCCAUAUAUAUUAUAUCUGAGAAAGAGGAUACUGUGUUGAAACAA